UGUCAGCUUGUGCUUUUGUGCCUGGAAGGAUUUGGCUCCACUGAUUCUCUUGUGCUGAAAAGGUAUUGCUCACCUGCCCUGCUUCUCUGACUCAAGUCAAAACAAGUCACACAGUUUUUUUGGCACAACCAGAGUGAGGCAGUGCUGGGAAGAGAGAAGGAAGGGAUUGGAAAUGUGAACAAAAACUGCAUGCAGUUGCAGUGACUUGGAUAUUAGGUGUAAACCUCCCUGAUUUUCCUCUCAGUAACAAGUACCUGGAAACAAAACCCCCAAAGCCCCUUUAAGCAGAAGACAUUACAGCAUUUUCCAGGUGUGACCAUACUGUCUCUCUUCACAACCUGGGUUUGGCCAUGAAAAGUAAGAAUAAGGAUGAGACCAGCGAUACAGACAGUGGCAUCAUAAUCCAGUCCGGACCUGAUAGCCCCAUGGCUGCAAUGAAGGAUUUGACACAAGCCAUGAGGAAGCAGCAAAAGGCCCUUGAGGAACGUCUGGAAGCCUGUUUACAGGAACUACGAAGAUUAUGCUUGCGUGAAGCUGAAUUGACAGGAAUGCUGUCUUCAGAAUAUCCUCUGAAACCAGGAGAGAAGCCCCCGAAGGUCCGCCGUCGAAUUGGUGCUGCUUUCAAACUGGACCAAAAGGCUAUUCUUUCAGGAGCAGAUCCGCUGAGCACAUUAGAGAGAGAUCUGGCUCUGCAGCUGCAGAUUGCUGAAGCUGCUCGAUGUCUUUCCAAGGAAGAAAAUCUUGCCAAGCAGGUUCGAAAACGCCGGAAAAGUGCUGUUUUGAAAGAGGAAAAGAAACUGAAGGAGUUGGAGCAAGCGCUCAGUGAAUAUCGCCUGGCAUCCAAACAGUCCACCCUGCUGAAGACCAUUGCUCCAGCCUUAGAAGGGUUUGGUGCCUCUGACGAACGUUCCUUCUUGGAUGCGACUGUGAGAGAAGAAGAAGUCCCAGUGGUGAAUCCUCACCUUCCAACAAAAAAUAUACGUUGGACCCAAAUCCAGUCUUACCACAGUUCUUCAUCGCAACUUUCCCCCCUUGGCUUUCUAGAAGAUUCAACUCAUCAUCCAGCUGCUGAAGUGGAGUCUUCUCCCAUCCAGAAUAGCCCCUGGAAAGAAACUAGUUUGGAUAAGCCCUAUGAGAAGCCCAAGAAGUCGUUUGAGACCAACAACAUGCUGAGCACAGCAAGCGUAAUGUCCCCACCGGCACCCAGCCCUUCCCUUCAGAGGGCAGUUGAGACACAUCCGUGUCACUUGGAUCUUCCUAGGAAGCUGGAAGUAAGAAGACAGGCUGGUUUCAGUGCCCCUCCAACCCCAGAAUUCCCGGGAAGGAGAGGACAGUCUCAGCUGAUAAGGGUAUGUUCAACUCGGGAAAGUUUGGAGUCCCGUGGAAGAAGUGCACUACCCAGGCGACGCCCCACCUACUAUACCGUGACUGUCCCUGAGUUCUGUUUCUCUGCAUCCAAUCCUAACCCUGCUCUGAAAGCCAACUUUCACUCUGCUUCAGAAGAUAGCAGUUCAGAUGUCUCCAGCAUCUCUUAUACAACAUCUGCCGGCAGCAGCAGCCCAGACAUUUCCUUUAUGAAGCCAGCAACUGUCGUGUCCAAGGAGGAGCCCAUGCAGCUGUUCCAUAACCAGGUCUUCAAGGGACAAGAAGCAGAAUACCACCGCCUGUGUCCUCAAAACCUGCGUUCAGGGCCAGUUUUUUUUCCUGCCACAGAACACGUGCCCAGUAGCCACCUGACUGCUGGGAGAGAGCUCUGCCACAGUCGGCCAUCUUUUCUCUCUGGCAGCUCAGCCCACUUUGCCUACAAGGAAGAAGCGGUGCCAGUUAGACUCCACAGGUCAGUUGUAGCCCACAGCAGGGUAGUUCGCACACCAUCCCUGAAGGACUUUGUCCCAGUGGGUCCUCGAGUUCUCUCCAAGGCGGCAGUGACAGAAGAGUUAAAAUCCUGGCACGAACGAACCCGUCUGCGCAAUGCACGUCCACAUUCCCUGGAUAGGCAAGGGGCUUUCCGUGUGCGCAGUGUGCCAGGCAGAGAACUGCAUUCUCCGUGUUCCUUUGGGCAUCAAAUUCAGGUACCUCGUGUCCAUAUCCUCAAACGCUCUCCUGAAGGAGCCCCUGUGCAGGUCUACGUCCCAGAAAAUGGAGAAAUCAUUACUCAGGUUUAGAUGCUGCUGGACCCUGGCAGCAUGAGCAGGAUGAUUACCUCUUAGGCCCUUGUCUGGGAGGGGAAGAAGAGGCCUUAAUUCAAGUCUUGACAUGUUCUUGCAUCUUGUACUCCUUCUAUUUAGAAGAGAAACUUUGGGACUUGUUCUGCAAGCUACGUGAGAUCAUAUUCCUAUGAUGUUGAUACAGUGUACUGGUGACAACAGAAGUUAUGUUUCUUGUAUUAUAUGAAAUAUAGAUCAGAGUAACUAGGAUUUGUCUGCCUAUUUAUUCUCUCCUAGGUCUGUGCUGGAAACAGAGUCUCUAUAGAUUAUGGAAAUGAAAUUGGUGUAGGAUUUUUGUAGUCAGAGCUAUUUCUGACUACAACUUACUUUCUGGUGGAAGUAGAAUGUAUGUGUACCUACACAAGUUCCUUCCCAAUUACUAGAUUUGCCUUCUUUGUUCCUAAAGAAAGCUACCUGAUGCAGCCAAUGGUCUGCCUUAGUGUACUUCAUACUCCAUUGUUAUUCUGCCUUUUUUUAGACUAAUGGAAUUCACAAAUCUUGCUAUCUCUGUGGACCUGUUUAUGAAUCCUUGUUUUCAGUUUUAAUGGAAUUUUGUAUUAAAAAGAGGCCCAUUUUGAUGGAUGAACUAUAUAACAUAUUGCUCAACUUUUCUAUGCAAUCCUAAUUAAAUUAUGGCAGCAGAGGGUUGCCUACAUAGAACAAAUUCCAUGUCACAUAGUUGAUAAUCAUCUAGCAUUGAGCCAGACAACCAGCUUUAAUUUUAUAGCAGAAGAGAUUGAUGACUGGUUUAUCAACUGUAAGAAAACAACUCACUAUUCACUGAUCUCUUUGGCAAGAAACAAGAUGGUUUACACAAAGACAUACUCAGACCAUUACACUUAUGGCCAGAAAGUAGUUUUAUAGGUUAAUAAGGUGUUUAAUUCAACAAUAAACUCAGCAACCUUAGAAUUGAGCAACAUAUAUGUGGAACCUGGGAUGAUCUGUACCCAAAUGGAAACACUUGUUGGGCUGUUUUAUUCCAAAGAUGGACUAAAACAUAGUUCCUCUGGGUGGAGAUGGGUCAGGGAGGGGAGGAGUAGGGAAAAGCCAAGUUUGAAGGCAUAUGCAAACUUUUGUGGUGGCAGUGACAAUGUAGGACAGAGAAGGCACUGAAAAGAUCAGAAGCAGUGUGGCCCAGUGCCACACUGGAACUUUGUGAUGGUAGCUGACUAGAAACCGGAGAAGAGGGCAAAGUAUACCACUGCAUAACAGUUACUCCACAAUCCUUCUGAAUGCUGUUUUAGCAGAAGCCUUGGGCAAUGGAAAUGUUGUGGGUUUUGUUUCUACCAAGCCACAACCGAUCCAAAACGUUUUUGGUUUAUCAUGGAUUCCAACCAAAACAUUUUUCCCUGCAGUAUUUUCUAUAUAUCCUUACUGUAAACCAUAGCCUACAGGGUGAAGAUAUGUCUUAAUUUUUAAGUCACUCUUGCAUUUAACCUGAGAGUUCUCAAGUUAAACUUCAGUACUGCUCAAGGGUAUAUACUAUAUUUCUAAGUUUUGGUAAAUUAUUAGUACUGUCCACCAUUUUUCUGUUAGUGUUCUAUGCCUUUUGACUUCAUUAAAAGUAGAAAUCAAGCUAAGAAAAUGUUCAAUCUAUUUACAUUAUUAAAAAAAAAUGUUGGCAAUGU